AUGGGAACCAAUCCCGAACACAGGGUCAUUUCGGCUACUUGUCAGCGGAAUGGUCGCCAAAUGAUAAUCAUCAUCUGGGUAAGUGCGUCAUGUGUGGGAAAUUAUCAUCCAUAUGUCCUAUACUUUACAUACAUAUGAUGUCCUAUACUUUGCAUAUAAUAAAUUCCCCAUGCAUGACGUACCUAGAAUUACCUGGUAUCCAUUCGGGGUAGGUAUGUCAUGUAUGGGGAAUUAUUACGUCCCCAAUACAUAUUAUGUCCUAUACUUUACAUACAUAUAAUGUCCUAUACUUAACAUAUAAUAUCCUACACACACAUACAGUGCAAAACAAGACUAGAUGCAACCAUACACAGCUAUAAAGCGCAAUACAGGGCUAUAAACAGCUAUACAGAGCUAUACAUAGCUAAAUAGAGCUAUACACAGCUAUGCAGGGCAAUAUAAGGCUAUACACUGCUACAAAGAGCUAUACAGAGCUAUACACAACUAUACAGAGCUAUACACAGCUAAACAGAGCCAAACACAGCUAUACAAGGCUAUAAACGGCUAUACAGGGCUAUACCCAGCUAUACACGGCUGUACAGGGCUAUACACAGCAAUACAGAGCUAUAAACAGAUACACAGAGCUAUACACACCUCUACAGGGCAAUAAAUGGCUAUACAGAGCUAUACGCAGCCAAACAGAGCUAUAAACACCUAUACGGGACUAUACUUAGCUAUACAGAGAUAUACACAGCUAUACAGGGCAAGCACAGCUAUACAGGGCUAUACUCAGCUAUACAUGGCUGUACAGGGCUAUGCGCGGCUAUACAGGGCUAUACAUAGCAAUACAAAGCUAUACACUGAUAAAUAGAGCUAUACAUAGCUGUACAUACCUAAACAGGGCUAUACAUAGCUAUAAAGGGCUAUACACACCUAUACAGGACUAUACAUAACUAUACAGGGAUAUACACAGCUAUACAGAACUAUACGCAGCUAAACAGAGCUAUGCACACUCAUUUUGGGCUAUACAGGGCUAUACAGGGCUAUACAGAGCUAUAAAGAGCUAUACAGGGCUAUACAAAGCCAUACAGGUUUAUACACAGCUAUAAAGGGCUAUAAACAGCUAUUCACGGCUAUACAGGGCUAUACAGGGCUAUACACAGCUAUACAGGGCUAUACACAGCUACACACAGCUAUACAGGGCUAUACACAGCUAUACAAAGCUAUACACAGCUAUACAGGGCUAUACGCAGCUACACAGAGCUAAAAACAGCUACACAAGGCUAUACACAGCUAUACAGGGCUAUACCCAGCUAUACACAGCUGUACAGGGCUAUACACAGCAAUACAGAGCUAUACACAGAUACACAGAGCUAUACACACCUCUACAGGGCUAUACAUAGCUGUACAGAGCUAUACGCAGUCAAACAGAACUAUGAACACCUAUACGGGACUAUACUUAGCUAUACAGAGAUAUACACAGCUAUACAGGGCUAUACCUAACUAUAUAUGGCUGUACAGGGCUAUACACAGCUAUACAGGGCCAUACAUAGCUAUACAGGGCUAUACACAACAAAAUAGGACUAUACAUAGCUAUACAGAGCUAUACGCAGCUAAACAGAGCUAUGCACACCUAUUCAGAUCUAUACAGGGAUGUACAGGGCUAUACAGAGCUAUACACAGCUAUACAGGGCCAUACACAGCUAUACAGGGCUAUACACAGCUAUACACGGCUAUACAGGGCUGUACACAGAUGAACAGAGCUAUGCACACUUAUUCAGGGCUGUACAGGGCUAUACAGAGCUAUACAGAGCUAUACAGAGCUAUACAGAGCUUUACAGGGCUACAUACAGAUAUACCGGGCUAUACACAGCUAGACACGGCUAUACAGGGCUAUGCACACCAAUAGAAGGCUAUACAUAGCUUUACAUACCUAUACAGGGCUAUACAUAACUAUAAAGGGCUAUACACACCUAUACAGGACUAUUCAUAACUAUACAAGGAUAUAUACAGUUAUACAGCGCUAUACGCAGCUAAACAGAGCUAUGCACACUUAUUCAGGGCUAUACAAGGCUAUACAGGGCUAUAUGCACAGCUAUACAGAGCUAUAAAGGAUUAUACAGAGCUAUACACAGCUAUACAGGGCUAUACACAGCUAUACACGGCUAUACAGGGCUAUACAGAGCCAUACACAGCUUGACAGAGCUAUACAGAGCUAUACACAGGUAUACACAGCUAAACAGAGAUGUGUAAAAUAGGUUAGAAGGAAUAUUAAAUUCCGAUUGCUAUUCUAUCAAACGUUUGUAAUCGAAGGAUUAGGAACAUAAAAAGUAAAAUUAAGGGCGUGGGCAUUUGUUUCUUCUAGAGUAAGAAUAAACUAACUAGGUUAACACCUGAAUUUCUUCGGGCGUUGAAUUGAAAUGGCGUUACUUUCAAUAAUUAUAUUGUUAUACCUGUACAGCCGUAUAUAGCUGUGUAUAGCCCUGUAUAGCUGUUUGUAUAUCUUUAUAGCUAUGUAUAGCUCUGUAUAGCUGUGUAUAGCCCUGUAUAGCCGUGUAUAACUAUGUAUAUCUCUAUAUAGCUGUGCAUAGCUCUUUUUAGUUGUUUAUAGCUGUUGUAUAGCUCUGUAUAGCUCUGUAAAGUUCUCAUUAGCUGUGUAUAGCCUUGUAUAGUCGUGUGUAGCUGUGUAUAUCUCUGUAUAGCUGUGUGUAGCUCUGUAUAGGUGUGCAUAGUUCUGUUUAGCUGCGUAUAGCUCUGUAUAGUGGUGUAUAGCCUUUUAUAACUAUGUAUAGUCCUAUAUAUAUGUGUAUAGUUCUGUUGAGCUGCGUAUAGCUCUUUAUAGCCCUGUAUAGCUAUGUAUAGUCGUAUAUAGGGGUGUAUAGUUUUUUUUAGCUGCACACAGCUCUGUAUAGCUCUGUAUAGCCGUGUAUAGCUAUGUAUAGCCCUGUAUAGGUAUGUGUAGCUCUCUGUAUUUGUGUAUAGCUCUGUAUUGUUGUGUAUAGCCCUGUACAACCGUGUAUAACUGGGUACAGCCAUGUAUAGCUGUGUACAGCCUUUUGUAGCUGUGAUUAGCUCUGCAUAGCUCUGUAUAGCCCUAUAUAGUCGUGUAUUGCCCUGUAUAGCCCUAGAUAGCUGCGUAUUGUCCUGUAUAGCUGCGUAUAUCUCUGUAUAGCUAUGUAUGGCUCUGUAUAGCUGUGUCUAGCCCUGUAUAGCCGUAUAUAGCUGUGUAUAUCUCUGUAUAGCCGCGCAUAGCUCUUUAUAGUUGUGUAUAGAUCUGUAUAGCUCUUUAUAGCUGUGUAUUGCCUUAUAUUGCCCUGUAUAGCUAUGUACAGCUAUGUUUAGCUGUUUAUAGCUCUGUAUUGCUGUUUAUAGCCCUGUAUAGCUGUUUGUAGCUCUAUAUUGUGCUGUAUAGCUGUGUAUGGUUGUAUGUGUACGUAGGAUAUUAUAUGUAAAGUAUAGGACAUUAUAUGUAUGUAAAGUAUAGGACAUAACAUGUAUUGGGACAUAAUAACUGUCAUACACGAGUUACCUAUAUGAUUGGUGAUUAUGCCGCUGACAGGGAGCCAAGAUGACCCUGGGCUCGAGAUUGAACGGGAACUGCAUUGAAACGCUGUACUUUAGCAACCGCGUACUUUGCGUGUCCCUUCCCGAAUUUAUCUCAGAGGGAAUGGGGUGGCUGUACACAAGCUACACGAUAGUAUCAUUCAAUUGUCCAUGGAAGUUGAAAAAACAGCUAAAAUCGUAUGGUUUUCGUCCUAAUCUUGUAGCGGUCGAUUAUUUUGGCCUCCAAAAUGAGUAGACGGGUGUUUCUAUCCAGUCCUUCCCAUUCAGAGGGAGCGACCCCUCUCUCGUUCGAGAAAGUAAGUACAUAAAUUAGACAUCAACGAUGUGAGUACGCUUUUCUUAGCAAACCAGAUCUAAUAAGGAGUGCGAACGAAAAAAAUGGGGAAAUAUAUUUUUCAGCUGCCCCUUUAGAUUAUUUUUUAAAACAUUGUCAGUAGCAGAGGAUAAACCCAGAUAGCGUGCGGGGACAAACCUUUUGGCUAUUUGCUGUAUUUUUCUACAUAAUAUCGUCUAAAAAUUCUUAAAGUUCUUAAAAUUGUCAAAUUUUCUGAAUAUCCCAUGUGAAUCUAUAAAUCCUAAAAAAAAAUUUAAUUGAGAGUGUGCUGUAUGUGGUAAACUUUUUGUGGUGUGUAUCAACAUCUAGAUGUAUCAAAAUUGUAAAAUCCCUCUGACUCUUGAAUCUCAUGUCUGAUAUUCAUCAUCUUAAUCUUGAAAAAAAGGUAGAUACACAUAUGCCAAUUUUAAAGUGAGUUCAUGUUAAUGUUUUUUCAUUUGUUAUCAGUGCUGUUUGACUACAAUGCAAUGCAGUGGUCAACAGAUAAAUGCAGAAUUUUCGUACGAGGAUGAAAGACUGCUUCUGUAUCCCAGUGAUCAAGGAGUAAGACUUAUGGUGAGAUAACAGUUAUCCCUUAGUUAUGAGAAUUUGGUGUUAGAUCAAGUUAACAACUUCCUCCUGAUAAGUUUGAUUAUCCAACUGUAUUAAGUAUAGUACAAAUAUCUUACUCACCAUCACAAAUAUCAGGUGAUGUUUGGACAGUUGAUUACUUUGUACAGUAAAAACCUGUUUAACUGGUUGGCUGCUUAUACUGCGCUUCUCUUUCUGCUUUGCAUUUUUCAGCCUUAUAAGAAAUGCACAUGAAAUAAAGAAGUUGGAUAGUAAAUCACUUAUUAGAUGUUUUGGGUUUGUAGUAUUGCUGAGUAUCUGUACUUGUUAUUGGUAUUUUGACUUGCCCUAUGGGCUUGGCAAAAUAUGAAACAGCUUGUAAAAAUAUUCAGUGGUACUACUCACCAAAAUGUUUAAUGAGAUAUAUAUAUAUAUUCUCAUUACCUGUUUGUUGGACUAAGUGUUUUUUGAAAUGUCAAAUACUUGGGUAGUGGUUACCAGCUAGCCUCCCAAGCAAAAUUAAAGGCUUUUGUUUCAUGUGUUAGUUGAUAUCAAAGCCAAGCAAGAGACCAGGAAAAAACAACAUAGAUGUAAAAUAGCUGGAUACAUAAUAUUGCUCUAAUCUUAAGUACCUGUGAUUGAAAACUUACAAAUGAAUAUAAAUUCUAGAGAGCAUAACUAAAUAAAUCGUGCAUAUGAGAUCUGUAUGAUACGAUACAAAUAAAAGGCUUAUACUUCAAUAGCAGUCAUUAGUGGUCAAUGUAUUCAGUGCCUAAAAUAAAAAUUACCAAACUGGAAUUUUUUGCUUAUGUUUCGGAGCUUAUCAAGGUGCAGUAACAUAAAGAAUAAUGGAAUACUCAAAUAACAAGGAGAUGCAAUUAAUUGAUAUAAUCAAUUUUGAUUACCAACCCCAAGCCUGCUAAUAAUAAUAAUAACAAUAAUAAUAACAAUAAUAAUAACAAUAAUGAUAAUAAUUAUAAUAAUAAUAAUAAUAAGGAUAACAUAAAUCAACUAUUCACUCCUAUUCAGGGCCAAUACAAACAAAUGGACAUUGUAAAUAGGCAGAGUGUUUGAAAAUUGCCAACUGGCCAGAGGCAGACCAGUUAGCUAUAAAAAAAAGUAGCUGAGGAUUUGAACUUGCAGCAACUGAGAACAAAUCCAGUGAGUGAAGCUUGUGGAGUGAUGUAAGCUGAUUAAACAAAUGUUUUAACAAGAAUUAUUACACUAUUUGCUUUCAGCUAGUAUGUGUGCUAUGCUUGAUUAAUUUUAGGUGGCUUGUAUUUUACUGUGUGGUUCUUUAAAUCUGAAAGUUUGUUUGAAAUAAAAUCUUCUCCCUUUAUUUAACUACAUUUUCUUGCUUCACUGUUGGGCCAUGUAAAAUUCCAAGCUUAAAAAGCUAAUGGUCCAUAACUUACAAUACUGACCUCAAACUCAGUUAGUAAGAUGUAUUUAAAAAGUAUCAAACAAAGAAAAUAAGAAAUACUGAACUAUAGUGUAUCAAAACAUUCAUUUUUCUAUGAAAUUAAUGCUAAAAGGAUUUAGUCAAGAGGUGAUCCUUGAAGGUGAGCUCCAAUUUUGGUUAUUUCAUACAAGAAGCUUGAAAAAAUUCAGGCUUUGAAGGCAGGAUUUGAACACUUGCCUCCCAGAUACUUAUUUGGCCAACUGAGUUAUGAAACCAUGGAUAAAGACUGGAGCAUGAACUAAAAGGAUUAUUAUUGUACCUAUAGAGUAAACAAUUAUAUACAUGAUAUUUCUGUUCUAAUUUCCCUCUAGCAUCCUCCUGGAUGCCCUUGCCGUUUUUUGACAGCCUCAGACAUUGCUAAUAUUCCAGAAAAUAUCCUGAGUCAAGGAGUGAAACCAGCAGUUGCUGUUUUGCUUCAGUCAUCAGAUGGUUAUGUGUUGCUGACAAGACGUGCACAACACAUGCGCACCUUUCCAUGUGUGUGGGUUCCCCCAGGUAAAUGAACAAAUAUAUUUUACAUUAAGGCAAGACUGCAUUAAAGAGAAAGCUUUCUAACUCAAUCAGAUGAUACAGUGUAUUUUGCAUUAGUACAACUGUAUAACUCUUAAGAGAUUGCUUUCUCACUGACCUGUGAUAGAACUUGCACUUACUUUAGUUCAGCUUAGAACAGAAAUAAUAAUCUAAGUAAUGUAAAGAUCCAAAAUGCCAGGGAUGAAAUAUGAAGCACAGAACAUUUAUGUAGAGUUCACCUGUAGAAUCUUGCUUGGAGAUGAUGCUGACUGAAUUCAGAGCAUGUAUUGUGCUAAUGAAGAAAGAGUGGACCCUUACACUCUCACCCUCAGGAGUGGCCAUGGAGCAAUUUCUUGUUACAGUGUCAAUACAUUUUUGAGCAGAAAGGCGAUAAGAGAAAAGGAAGCCAUUAACAAGGGGAAUAUUGUUGUAUUGUAUAUACAGAAUAUUGUAUGUGUUGUAGACCUGAUGUUGCAAGCAUUUUGCAUGAUUGAUAGAUAAAUUAUGUUUAUACUAUCUUUUUUUUUGUUUUGUUUUUUUAAUGCAGGGGGUCAUUUGGAGCCAGGAGAGACUGUAAGUUUACUUUAAUUGUGGUUGAGUAAUAAAAAAAUAAAGGAAACAAAAAAAAAGAAGCAAACACAGUGAACAACACAAAAAGACACAGGCAGACAGAUGAAUGGACAGAGAGACAGACAGACAACUGAUUACAUGGUCAGACAAACAGACAGACAAAUAGUUAGAUGGUCAGAAAGAUGAAUAAAUGAUUAGAUGGUCAAACAGACAGACAAAUGAUUAGAUGGUAAAACAGACAGACAAAUGAUUAGAUGAUCAGACAGAAGGACAGACAGACAAAUAUUAGAUGGUAAAACAGACAGGCAAGUGAUUAGAUGGUCAGACAGACAGACAGACAAAUGAUUAGAUGGUAAGACAGAGAGACUGACAAAUGAUUAGAUGGUUGAACACAGACAAACAGACAGAUAAAGAAUAAAGAAAAACCAAAAAAAGAGGAACAGAAAUGCUCUAAGAUGGGAGACCAUAUUAUGAAGCAAUUUCCGUUUGGGAAUUAUGUAGGCUGGGAUUUUGAUCUGAAUAUUUUACUCAUGCACGCACACUUAAAGAGUAUCGUGUAUGGUUUUAGAAUGCGGAUAAUUUUCUUGAAUAAGUUAGACACUGUAUACAUAAUUUAUUGCAUCUGAUACAAUGAGGUUUAAUAUGUAACAUGUACAAAAUUUGUUACAUGUGAAUAGUCUAGCAAUUUUCUAAUUUGAAUUAAUACCUGUAAAUGUAAUUAAAUCUUGUAAUAAUUAACUGCCCACAUUGUGUGAUUGUCUGGGUGAGUGUAGCUCUUAAAAAAUUGUUGCUCAUGAAUACUCUGGCAUCUUGACAUUCUGUUGGGAAGUUAUUCUCACAUCAUAGACUCUUGAGUUGUUAAGAUUGUUAAAUGUGAUGCAAUGCUACAGAGGGCAACAGUUCAUUCUCAUGACCUCCUUCCCCGUGAUGGUCACCCUGCUAUACACAAUCAAUGGUCAAUUAACUUCUGUGUUCAGAUCAUUACUUUUUUUAUCAAUUUAUUCAUUUUCACAGCUUAAACAAGCUUUACUAAGAGAACUCUCAGAGGAAACUGGAUUGACUUUUUCUGAGGAAAGCCUCGAAAUCUCAACACUUGGUCUGUGGGAGGUAUCGUAUAUACAUUUUAUCUUCAUACUAGUUGCAUGAUGUACAGUCCUUAUUGUACAGUGAGCUUUUAUUUUAAAAUGUGGAUUAAUCUGUGCCUAAGCAAGUAUUGCAAGAUGCCCAAAGUGGUAUACCUAGUACUGAAUUAUCGUAUGGCCAUAGAAUGGGGAUAUUUGAACUGAAGAUUAUCACAUAAUUGCCUCUAUGCAUGUCUAUGUCAGACUCGCAUGGCUUAUUUACCACCAAACCUCACUUUUGAAGUGUAACUAUGCACACGUUAUCAUGAUAAACAAACUCCUACAGCAACAAGGGUGAAAAGAAUUCUCACUUGAAAAGGUUAUGAGGAGAGGGUGGUGGGAGGAAAGGGUUGGGAGGGUGGUUUCCUGGAGUAGCAGCAAUAUUGGUAGUCACUGAUGCUAAAUUGAAACUUGGAUGAGCCGUGGCAGUAAAAGGCCAGUAGGCAGACGGAAUACUCAACCGUGUAAAUUUUUUUUGUGUGAAUUUGCAGUCUGUGUUUCCUCCCGUUCUGUCGAUUGGUCUGCCUGUGAGGCACCAUAUCGUAGUGUACUACCAGGCCAAGGCUAAGGAAGACCGACAAACUUUACAGAAGAAGCUUAUCUUGGAUAAAGACGAGCUCGAUGCUUCGGCUUGGGUGGACCAUGCUACUAUUGUAGAAGUGGUGCAAAGUGAUGACUUUGGCCAGUCAAGACCAGUACCACAAAGAUAUAUUAAGUUAGUUGCGUGAAAUGGAUCCUAUAGUACUCAAGUAUGGCCUCUCGGUUUACAACUAGUAAGCAAGCAGGUCUUGUUUAUCAGAGCUGCAACACGUACUGUAGACGCGUGUGUUGUUGUGCAGAAACUUUUGCAGAGAUGUUUGUCAGAUGCAGCUUCGGGAACAGGCGCGGAGCAAAUUAAUGAAUCAAUGAGUUGAGUAAAAAUUCUACAGUGUGCGUGAAAAUCUCAUAAAAUGUUUCUAUCUCCAACUUGACAGAGCCACUGUGCUUGAAAAUGGCCAGAAAGUUGAGAAAAAUCUUCCUCUUUCAAUCCUGAUGUCUACCAUGCCUCGCACGUCUGAAGAUGGACAGGAGUUGAACCAGGAGCGACUCUCCACAGGGACGAAGUUCGCUUUAGGACAAUUGGUUAAAAAAGACCUUCCUUCUGGAGGGGCGUGGUAAUUAAUAAGAGUGUUGAAUUCGUCAAGAUGAUAACGAUAAACAUAAUUAAAAUAAUGGUAUUUAUAACUUGUGUGCUAACGUUUUCUUGCGCAUUAAGUCGAGUUUAUAUAUUUUUUUAAAAAAUAUUUUUCUACCAUUUUUUUGAUAAGUUCUACGAACAUGAUUUUGAUAUAUACUCGAAUUAUAUUUUAUCAGUUAAACGAUUACAAUAAUACGAUUACGAUAAUAAUAACGUUGAUCACGACGAUGAUGAUGAUAAGAUUUGGGGUGUAUGUGCGUCGGUGAGGGUAUCACAAGAAAUUUUUUUAUCAACCGAGUUGAUAAUGUGAAUUGGCCUCCGGAGAGAAUUUCGAGCGUGAACAGAGGAAUUAUGGGUUGUGUAAGAGCGUAAAGGUGCACACGACAACCCUGAAAGGCGUUGUAGGUAGGUUUUAAGUCACGGUUACUUGACCUCAGAAUUUUAGGAGAAAACGUCACUGUAAGGAAAAGGCAUAGUGGUUAUAUAUGAAUAUAAUAAUAUCACCAGAUAUCCAGGUUACCUCUCGAGAUUGUCGCGUGCACUCUUUUCCCGAUAACCUUUCUCGAAACAACUGUCUACAGAUGGAGCUACGCAAUUGGUGGGAACAAUUAGAAGUCAUUGAAUAAUUUUAUAAAUCAGUUUAGGAGUUAAAAAAAUUCUUCGAAGCGCACAGGCUUUUUUAUAAUUAGAUUAAAUUUUUGUACAGUAAAGAAUUUAUGUGCGGGAGGGCACUCAGAGGGUGAGGAAUGAGCUGUGUGGGAAACAAAUUUGAUUUGUUCAAUUCAUUUAAAUCAAUUAGAAUUAAGGUUUUUAGGUUGAAAAAAUGUUUAACAAUUUGAAUUACAUGUGUGCAAAUUUACUGUGUAUUAAUAACGAUGGCGUUGCUCCAUAUUUAACUCACCCCAGUAAACUACGUUUACUUAUCAUUGGUUUGUUCCUUUUUUACUUUUGUCUUUGUCAUUUUUUGAUUACCUUUUUUUGUUUUUCUUCUUUUUUUAUCCGUUUGUUUGUUAUUUGAUUUCUUAUUAUUUCAUCUUUUAAAUGAAUAAUUAGAGGUGUUUGUGUGGUAUAACACGAUCCAGGCGACAGAGACUGACAUCUUUAAAACCAGGGCUGAAAGAUAAGACAAGAGCUAUCCCGGGGAG